ACAAAGCAUAUCCUUUUUUUUUUUUUGUUUGCUCUAGGAUACUUUUCACAAUGAAAGGACUCACACAAUUUUAGUCAUCUAAGUCAAGGCUGGAUGAGCGAAGAUUUAUUUUGCUAGGAAUGAACUUCAGCUGCUCUUCUUCAGACACUCAAGGCAAUCUCUAAAUCUAGAAGUGGAAUCCUUACAGCAUCUGGUGGUACAUAUUGUUACCAUAAGCAUUUUGUCUCUCAGAGCAAAUAAGAAGCACAAUUACUGAGAACUCCAAGAAUGGUUACAAUGGGCACUCUCGUUCGGUUUUCAAUUUUGGCUUUCAUGCUCGCAACAGGGGUGGUUUGCCAAUAUAGUGAAUAUGAUUAUGACACUGAUUAUGACCCUGAGCCACAACCUGAGUACCAGCCACCAUUUCAUUUCCCAAGCAGCGCAGACUAUCAUGUUCCAAGUGUUCCUUACACAACAGACUGUGCUAGGGAAUGUUACUGCCCUCCAUCAUCUAUAAUCACCAUGUACUGUGACAACAGGAAACUCAAGGCCAUCCCCCAAGUCCCUUCCCGGAUUCAGCAGCUUUACCUUCAGAACAAUGAAAUUGAAACAGUGAAUAUGAAAUCCUUCAUCAAUGCCACCAAUCUUAGAGAAAUUAACUUAAGCUACAAUAGACUCAAAUCACAAAAGAUUGAUCAUGGUGUAUUUGCAAAAAGUCCUCAUCUUCUUCAAAUCUACCUGAACAACAAUGAAUUAGAAGAGAUCCCAUCACCCUUUUCUGCAUCUAUUGAAAGAAUCUUUCUUGGGAGCAACAAAAUUAACAGAAUAAAGGAGCAAGAUCUUCAGGGCCUGGUAAACGUGACUAUGCUUGACCUUUGCAACAAUCGCAUUGAGAGCAUCAAGGGGAAAACACUAAGCAAGCUGACAAAGUUAAUGCAGCUUAAUAUAUGUAACAACAAACUCAAUUCCAUGCCUGCAAACCUUUCACCUUCUGUAAUGUACCUGUCGCUAGAGAAUAAUUCCAUUUCCAAAAUCCCAGAUGAUUAUUUUACAAAGCUUUCAAAUAUAAUUGCAAUUCGAUUGUCACAGAACAAGCUUGAGGAGGUUGCAAUGAACAUAUUUAAUCUUCCACAACUCAUGGAGCUGAACCUGGGUCACAACAAAUUAAAACAUAUUUUUUACAUCCCUCGAUCACUUGAGCACCUCUAUUUGCAUGACAAUGAAUUUGAAAAUAUAAACAUAACAUUAAUGUGUCCAGUAAUGGAUAGAAUGCACCGACUGACCUACCUCCGUGUGGAUCAAAAUAAACUAAGACGUCCCAUAAGCACUUUAGCAUUUCUUUGUUUUCCCCAUCUACACAGUAUUUACUAUGGUGAGCAGAAGCGUAUUGCUGGGGAAACAAAUGUGCCACUCAUUCCUCAGUACCCGUUCCCUGAAGAGAAUAGGGAUGAUGAUGAUGAUGAUGACGAUGAUGAUUUUCCUCAAUAUCACAGAGAGGAGCAUGAGCCAAUAGCAGAGAACCAUGCUGGAGAUGAAGAGGAAGAUGAUUACUUUCAUGAUAAUUAUUCAUAUUAAAUAACGACUAACUGGUAGCUAGUCUCAUUCCAGGACAAAUUUCAUUUCAUUGCUGUUUUAUUAAAUGCUUCUAAGUAUCUGUACCAAAAACUGGGACAUACAGACUGAUUUUUACAAGUAUGUUAUCAUUAAGAAGCCAUUUGCUUCAGUUUUGAAGGAUUUCACAAUCCUUUUCCUCUUCUGCUUUUUGUUAAAUGCAAUCAAUGUAUGAACUAUGUAAAAUGUAAUUAUCAGCCUGGUAAAGCCUAAGUACUUAAAAUAC